AUGCCUCCGAAAGUGGUAAAACGAGGUGCUGCGGCGAAGAAAGCGAGUCUUUCUUCAAAAACUGCAAUCCAGAAUCAGAAGCAAGAACCUGAACCUGAACCUGUGAAUGUGAAGAAUAACAAAGAAAAUCAUGUUGCUGAUGUUGCGGGGGAAGAGAAUCCCGUUGAGACAGUGCCCAAUGGUUUGGUUGCGGUGGAAAACAAUGGGGAGGAGGUUAAGGACUCCAUAGAUGAAUAUGAGAAAGAUGAACACUUAGAUUUGGAGGAUAAUUAUCAUGAGUCUGAUCCUGACGAGUAUGUCGGUGAUGACUAUGAUGAGAGGGAAAAUGAACUAGAGGAUGGUCAGGAGGUUGUAGAUGAAGUGGUGGAAGAAGUGGAAGAGAUUGUUGAUGAAGAAGAUGGUGAUACUGGCGAUGAAGAAAUUGAGUAUGUUUACGAAGAAGUUGAGGGUGAUGAUGAUGAUGAUGCUGAUGCUGCUGGUGAUGCUGAUGCUGCUGGUGAUGAUGAUGAUGAUGAUGAUCAUGCCGGUACGGAGAACGAGCAUGAGCAUCUGACUGAUGUGGCUGAAGAGGAGCAAGGUGAAGUUAGAAAGGAAAGGAAGAACCGAAAGGAAUUUGAAGUAUUUGUUGGGGGCCUAGACAAGAAUGCAACGGAGGAUGAUCUGAGGAAGAUUUUCGGUAAAGUUGGGAAGAUUACUAAAGCCAGGCUAAUGAAGAAUCCUCGGACUAAAAGGAACAAGGGGUUUGCAUUAUUGCGUUUUGAAACUGUUGAACAAGUGAAAAGAGCACUGGCAGAGCUAAAAAAUCCAGUGAUUAAUGGCAAACAAUGCGGUAUCACUCCAUGUCAGGACAGUGAUACUCUCUAUUUAGAUAACAUUUGCCAGACUUGGAAAAAGGAAGCUUUAAAGGAGAAAUUGAAACAUUAUGAAGUUGAAAGUUUCAAGGAUUUGACUUUAGUAGAAGAUGGUAACAAUGAGGGAACAAACUGUGGAUUUGCGCUUUUGGAAUUUUCAUCACGUUCAGAUGCUAAGGAAGCCUAUAAGCGAUUGCAGAAGACAGAUGUUGUUUUUGGAGUUGAUAAGCCUGCUGAGGUUUCCUUUGCAGACUUCUUUGAUGACCUGGAAGAUGAUAUUAUGGCACAGGCUAAAACUGUAUUUAUUGAUUUACUACCUCCUUCAUGGGAUGAAGAUUAUAUCCGAGGUCUUCUUAAAAAAUACGGGGAGGUUGAAAAAGUUGAACUUGCUAAGAACAGGCCAGCUGCUCGCAGGAAGAAUUAUGGAUUUGUUACCUUUGCUACGCAUGCUGCUGCUGUGGAAUGUGCAGAGAGCAUUACCAGUGCAGGGUUAGGCGACGGCAACAAAAAGGCAAAAGUUAGGGCUAGGUUGUCGAGACCUUUUCAGAAAGUUCGUGGAAAACAUGUUACUCGUAGUGACUUCUCUGGCCGCAAGCUUGGAAGGUCUGCAAGGCCUUCACGGAGUCGACCUUCACAGCGGAGUCGUCUUGCACUUCGGAAUCGACUUGGACCACCAAUUCGACCUACACUACAGAGUCGACUUGGACCACCAAGUCGAUCUGCUCGUGUGGCGAAAAGACUUGGAAAUAGUAUUCCACCAGUUAGACCUUCUAGUGCGAGAAGUAGACGCCCUCUCACAACAGUGCCAGUAAGAGCUAGGCCAGCCACUUCUCCAGCUAGAUCCUAUGAGAGGAGAUUGACAGCUGCUUAUCCAAAAGGUAGCAUGAAGAGAGAUUAUGGUCGACCUGUGGAUCUGCCACCUCCAAGAAGUAGAGCUUCUGCAGAUUAUGGCUCUCAGGUGGCCUCUCAAAGACGUUCAUCUUAUAGAGAUUAUCCAGCCCGUGACUCUGGCUACUCUGAUCUGCAUAGGAGCGUGUCUCGUACUGCACCAAGGAGGGGUCAUCUAGAUGACAGCUUUGAUCAAAGACUUGAAAGGCCUCCUCCGGAUCUAAGUUAUCGUGAAGGGCGUCCUCGUGAUUAUGACACAUUAUCUGGCUCGAAACGUCCAUAUGCUACCAUUGAUGAUAUUCCUCCACGGUAUGCUGAUGCUGAUGCUCGCCAAUCAAGAUCUCGAUUAAACUAUGAUUACGGAGGCAGUGUUUCAGAAUAUAGAGAGACUUAUGGUGAUAGGCUUGGAAGAUCUAGUUUGGGAUAUAGUAGUGGCAGUAGAAGUUCUAUAUCUAUUCAAAACUCACAUGAGGCAUAUAGCAGUCGACAUGACAUGAGUUAUGGCAGAGGUCCGAUUGGUGGUAGUGAUGGGGGUAUAUACUCAUCAAGUUAUGGUGGAGAUUACAGAUCUCGUGGAAGUGAUGCCGGUGGCAGCUCGUAUUCAUCCAUGUAUUCUAGCAGCAGGGGUAUGAACGGUAGUAGCAGUUUUAUGGGUAGUGGCAGCGGAUCUAGGUCUUAUUAUUGA